GUGUGCAUCAUGAGCACCACUCCGCGGGUACAGUAAUUAGCUCCAUCAGCAUCAGCCCAUUUCUCUCGCGGCCACACCGCAAUUCCCCUUCUUCUUUGCAGUCAUUGUCACUGUUGAAUUGUGUGAGACUGACAUUGGCCUCGCACGCACAACCACUGCCUCGCAUGUCCGCAAUGUCGUUGAAUCGCUGCAGUCGGCAAGCUUCAAGACUGCUGCUGGCCGGCGACUCUCUUCGGACCCCGACUGCAGUUCGUCGUCCCUCGCAGCUCAUUGAGCGUCUGUCGCCUACAGCAGCCUUCCAGCGGCGGAAUGUGUCAGAUAGCCAUGAUGGCCAACACCAACUACUCUCCACCCACCUCGAGGAGGCCGACCCCACAGUAUACAACAUCUUGCAGAAGGAGAAAAAACGACAGAAGCAUUUCAUCAAUCUGAUCCCGUCUGAGAACUUUACUUCUCAGGCCGUCUUAGACGCGCUUGGAAGUGUGAUGCAAAACAAAUACUCAGAGGGAUAUCCGGGAGCUAGGUAUUAUGGAGGCAAUGAAUUUAUCGACGAGGCCGAAUCGCUGUGUCAGAAACGUGCCCUAGAAACAUUCAGACUGGACCCUGAGGAAUGGGGAGUCAACGUACAACCGUUAUCCGGCUCGCCUGCCAACUUGUACGCCUACUCGGCUCUGUUGAACACACAUGACCGUCUGAUGGGCCUUGACCUGCCCCAUGGCGGACACUUGUCACAUGGCUAUCAAACACCCACAAAGAAGAUCUCAUUCGUCUCAAAAUACUUUGAGACCGUGCCCUAUCGUCUUGACGAGUCGACCGGUCUCAUCAACUACGACCAGCUGGAAGAACUGGCGCAGAUUUACCGUCCGAAGCUGAUAGUGGCUGGUACAUCCGCCUACAGCAGAUUGAUCGACUACACAAGGAUGCGCCAAAUUACUGAUUCGAUUGGCGCCUAUUUGUUGAGUGACAUGGCACAUAUCUCUGGUCUCGUAGCUGCUGAUGUCAUUCCGUCUCCUUUUGCUCACUCAGACGUUGUUACAACCACCACACACAAAUCGCUGCGUGGCCCCAGAGGAGCCAUGAUCUUCUAUCGAAAGGGUGUUCGUCGCACAGAUAAGAAAGGCAACAAGGAGUUGUACGACCUUGAAGGGCCCAUCAAUGCUUCCGUUUUUCCCGGUCAUCAAGGAGGCCCUCAUAACCACACCAUUACAGCCCUCGCUGUUGCUCUUUCACAAGCCCAAUCGAAAACCUUCAAAGACUAUCAACAAACCGUCCUCUCCAAUGCACAAGCUCUUGCUGAGCGGCUAGGUAACUCGGUCAACAACGGCGGGCUGGGAUACAACAUCGUCUCUGGCGGAACUGAUAACCAUCUUGUCCUAGUUGAUCUCAAGAACCGCGGCGUUGACGGUGCACGUGUCGAACGUGUGCUCGAACUAUGCGGCGUUGCUGCCAACAAGAACACUGUCCCCGGCGACAAAUCCGCCUUGAAGCCUGGUGGUCUCCGUCUGGGAACGCCUGCCAUGACAUCUCGCGGGUUCCAGCCAGACGACUUCCGCCGCGUCGGUGGAAUCGUCGACCGCGCAGUAACAAUCACACAAAAGCUCGACAAAGCAGCUCGAGAAAGCGCAGAGGCCAAGGGAGUCAAGAACCCAGGGACUAUCAAGGCUUUUAUCGAGUACGUCGGUAACGGGGACGAUAUCUCCGAGAUUGUACAGCUGAAGAAAGAGGUCGAAGACUGGGUUGGCACAUUCAGCAUUCCAUGGAAAGAGUGACGUGGGCAACUGCAACUUAUUUGAGAUUUGUCAUUUUGUUACUACUGGGAUUGAUUUAUGGCUACGGAUUUCAUGUCUGCUCUACUCAAGCCUUUCUAUUACAUGUACCUAUAACAUUGAAACGGUUAUUCAACCAACCGGUCUAAAUCAGUACAAUCUUUCU